AUGAUCAUGAACAUGAAGGGGCACAAUGGCCUGCAUCCUUGUCGCAUGUGCAGCAUCAAGGGCCUGCGUAUACCUGGUCGCGACCGCGUCACCACGCACUACGUGCCUCUAGACCGCACGCGCCAUCCCUCCACAAGAGCAGAUCCUACCGCGACGAAGUCCUAUGAUCCAGCCCAUCUCCCUUCACGCUCGCAUGUGCAGAUCCUUCAGCAAGGCCGCGCUGUACAGCUGGCUCCCUCGCAGGCGGCUGCAGACCGACUGUCCAAGAGCACCGGCGUGAAGGGGGUUUCAAUCCUAUAUCAACUCCCCUCCAUCCAGUUUCCCACCUCCUUUCCCUACGACUUCAUGCACCUCAUCUUCGAGAACGUUAUCAAGAACCUAAUCAAGCUCUGGACGGGUGAUUACAAGGAUAUCCCCGAAGGAACCGGCGACUAUCAGUUCGAGCGCACGGCCUGGGAUGCCAUCGGUGCAGCCACUGGCGCUUCUGGGGACACCAUACCAGGUGUUUUCGGCGCCCGUCCACCCGAUAUCGCUCAGGACAACACUAGCUCCACUGCCGACACUUGGUCCUUCUGGAUCCUCCAUAUCGGCCCCGCCCUCCUUUCGUCACGCUUUAAACGCCCCGUAUAUUACUCUCAUUUCAUCUCCUUCGUCCGCCUGGUCAACUCGUGCAUGAAGUUCAAGAUAUCACGUCAGGAGCUCGACCUAGUACGCCAAGGCUUUCGGGAUUGGGUUGUUACAUUUGAGAAGUGCGUGUUCCUUCUCUUUCGCUCCUUCCUGUCUUAUCGCAAUAAGCACCGGCGUCGCGCGCCCGAAAUCCUCGUGCCCAAGUCGUUCUUCGGGCAACUCAUGAACAUCUACGUCGUUGAGGUUUUGGCUUCACCUCAACUCCACCUCACUGAACCAGAAACCGUGAUACUCGCUCGCAUCCACUCAUGCACGCCAUGCAAUACGAAUAGUCUGGGCCAACUGUACUACAAGGACAUGGGGAGGUACGAAGUUGUGGACAUUCACACUGUGCAGUGCUUGGUUGGACGUGUCCCGCGCCGGUGGCCAAACCCGGAUCUGUACGCUAUCUUGGAUCGCAGUAGCGACCUGAAUCAUUCCCUUUACAUACCAGACACAAACUAA